UACGUUUAUGUGAUUUUUUUUUAAAUUUAAUUGUUAUUUUCUUUGUGCCAUAUUUGUUUUAAAAGCUCAUAUAACGUUAUUAAUGAGCUACAAAUCUAGUGAUUAACCAGUAGUAGGUUUUGGCGCCAAUCGCCUGUUACCUGUUUUGCAAUUGCAAAUUUAUUUGUUGUCAUCAUGGUGUUUGUGACUUUCCGCUUUGAGGAUGGUACAAAUCCGGAAGCUGUUCAAUUGCAGCCUGAUACCAUAUAUCGCAUUGGUCGUAAGCGGGAACUAGAGUUUCACAGCGACGAUGAGUCCUUGGAGCUGGCACACGCUACUAUAGCACUUAUAGCUGGCGGAAUUGUGCGAAUAGCUGCGGUGGCCGGAAAAGUGUUUGUGAAUGGCAGUGAAACAGAAAUUCAAAGCAUCAGUAAUUCGGAUAUUGUCAAUUGUCUGGUUGAUUUGAAGUUUGGCAAUGUUAAGGCUAAGUUAUCCUUUAAGGAAGACAAGCAUGAUGAAGCGGCUCACGAUAGCAGUGGCUUCGAGGAGGAGACAAAGGAUAAGUCUGUGGAUACAACGGGUGAUAGCUUCAUCAUACCUGAAACAAUGCCUCCACCCAAGGAGGUGUGCUUCGCUGAUGACAAGGAAUUGGAGGAGAUCCAGGAUAGAACUGUCAAUAAAACAAGUGAUAGCUUAGUCAUUCCCGAAUCAAUGCCGCCAUCGGCGAAUACCACAUAUGACUGCGAUAGUUUUAACAUACCCGAAACACAAGCCGUUCCCUUGCACAGACAAUCGAAAGGUCCGGAAGUGUCAAAGGUUUCAUUUGAUGAUGAUGAUUUCUUAAUACCGGAGACACAAGAGGUCUUACCCCAACAAAAUCUUAGGCCAGACUUGGAGCAUAAGACUAAUGUUGUUGUGGACGACGAUUCCUCGGAGCUGGGCAGCCAAAUUCGGAUUUGUACACAGGAGUUUAACGAAUUUGAUGAAGAUGCCAUUGAUGAUUUCGAUUCAUCUCUUUUGCUUGGCGACGUAGCUAUAACAGUGCUUGGUAAAGGAGGUUUAAAGCAGCCAGCGGACAACGCUGCUGUCGACCAGGAAGUGAGUGCUUUAAAUUGGUCUGCAACCAACACAAAGUACUCUGCUGUAAACAGCACUAAGCUAGAUGAGGAACAUGCGCGCAAUGAGGCUUGCUUAACACCCGAAUUGUCUGCAGCAGGAAUACCACUCGACGAUGUACCCUGCACACCCGAUUUGUUUGAUUUCAUUAACAAUGAAGCAAAUCAGAGCAGUAACUCCCCACCUCAUGAAUUAAUCAAUGUAACUGCGGAUGUACAUCGAAAUUCGGUCUGCAGAGCAGAAAAGUCUGCAGUGAACAGCAUUGAGACGCCUGACAAUACACCAGGAGAGGGGAAAGAUGAUAAUGAGGACUUCAUUGAGACGCAGGCAUUUCCCAUGCGCAAAUUAAUUGCAAACGAUGAUGAUGUUGCAACUCAAGCCUUCAAUCGAAAUGCUAGCUGGAACGAUAAUGAUGAUUUCAUUGCCACUCAAGUAUUUCCAAAGCGAACAUCACUGAUGAAAACCAAUUUGGAGGACAACAUUGCCACGCAAGCAUUUAUUAGAGAUCCUGAAGUGUCCAAAACCAAGCCAAAGGAAACUGACGGCAACAACUCGAAUACCUCAUCUGCUUUUCUUGUGCCACUGCCAAAGUCCACGGUUAAUAAUUCAGAGAAUUUCAACAACUCGAAUACCUCAUCUCCAUUUAAGGCGCCACUGGCAAAGCCAGCGGUUAAUGAUAUUGCUAAUAAUUCAGAGGACUUAAUCGCUACUCAGGUGUUCUUUAAACAGCCUCGAGUAUCUGAAACAAUCACGAAAGAAUCAACGAAUUCUAGCAUCAACAACAAUGACGAUAUGCAGGAGACUCAAUUGUUUAUUCCUCCCAAAACUGCAGAUCCAAAUUCUUCCCGACUGAAUAUAUCAGAUUGCCUAAGUAUCGGAGAUGAGUUAGAUCAUGAACUCAAGGAAUUUAUUGCACUUAAAUCACUGCCUAGUUCUUCAGAAGAUGAAGAUUUCCAGUUUGCAAAUUCAAAAUGCAACACCGAGAAAAAAGAGCAAAAUGAAAUAUCAAAGGAGGUGGCUAACCAAUCAGCUACAACUUUUAGUCGAAAACGACUUGCAGUAAAUGUUCGGAACAUGUCCAAGUCCAGCACUCCCAUUACUGUUGAAUCCAACGACGAAAAAACUCCUCUGGCUACUACAAAACAAAAUCGGAAGAGGUCUUCGACGUCAAAUACAAAGUUAACAUCACCUCCAAAAAAACAACGUUCAGAAGAAAAUGAAACUUUGGAGUAUGCUGAUGAGAAAACUCCCCUUUCUUCAAAAAUGUCCCGUCAAGCGAAUUCGAAAAGUGAAGCAAUUGUAGAUCAAACAGCUUCAGCUCGUUCCGAAUCAGAUACAAAAACUCGUUCAAGAAAAGUGAAAAGCAAUGAAAAAUUGGAUCAAGCUCCUUCAGUUCGUUCUGAGUCGGAAACAAAAAAAGGGCGUUCUAGAAGGCUAAAAACCACUGACGAAAUUUUGCAUGAAAAGUUGGAUCAAGCAGCUUCAGGUCGUUCAGCAUCAGAAACAAAAAGAGGGCGUCCUAAAAAACUGAAAACUAAUGACGUGAUUUUGCAUGAAACAAAGGAUCAAGCAGCUUCAGUUCGUUCAGAAUCGGACACAAAAAGGGGACGUCCUAGUAAACUCAAAACUAAUGAUGUGUCUUUGCAUGAAACUAAGAAUCAAGAGGUAUCAGUUCUUUCAGCAUCAGAAGCAAAAGGUCAGCGUUCUAAAAAACCAAGAAGCACUGACGAGUGUGUGCCAGAAAAAGUAGAUCAAGCAGCUUCAAGUCGUUCAACAUCAAAAAGCCGUUCAGAAAAAUCAGAAAUUAUUCAACCCAUUGAUCAAGUUGCUCCGCCUAAACGCAGCAAACGUCUGGCGUCACUCAAAACGGAUUCACAAUCAUCUGAAGCUGCAGGGACAAGCAAGGAAUCUACAAAGGAAACCGAUGUUCCACCAGAGAAGAAAGUAAAGAAAUCAAAGAUCGAGAGUUCGAGUAUGCCAGCCAGCGAAACUGAAGUUUCUAGUCGCUCUAAAUCUAAAAAGAAAACUGGCAAGUCCGAAAGUGAACCUAUUUUUAGUGACAAGGCAAUUGCCAGCAGUUCAACUCCAAUAGCCAAAUCCAGGGAUGUUGCUGAGAAAUUAACGACUGCAUCUAAGGCUGCAUCUAAACUGGAUGUUGCAAGCAAGCCUGAUGGCAAUACCGAAGUGCCAAGUCGCUCAAAAUCAUCGAAAACAACUGGAAAGUUAGACAAAGUAGCGAAAGCUGAAAAGGGAAUUCCCAUAGCUAAAGCUAAGGAUGUUGCUAAAACAAAUCACAAAGAUGAAGAGGAGUCAGCGACUAAUAAUAGUAGACGGAAAAAUAAUCAACAGGAUCCACUUCAAGAUAUUAACAAGUACAUCAUGAAAAUAAAGAGAUCGGGUCGCAAAAUUCAAUUAUCGCUGUCAAUGUGCAAUUAUGCAGAGUUGCGUCAAAUUUUACAUUCUUUGAGAAACGAAUUUGAAGUUACUGAUGAUCCGCGUUGCUGUGACGUACUCCUCAUGGACCGUGGGGAACGCACUUACAAGUUCUUAAUAGGAAUUGCAUCCAAUAGGCCCAUUCUGUCAUCUUGUUGGUUGCACGACAUUAAGGAGAAUCGCUCGUUGGCCGUCAAAUCGAAUCACAUAUUUAAGGACUACAAAUUCAUGGAGCUCUUCAAGUUCAAUCCACUGGCAGUAUUAGAACCAACAAAUUUAUUAAAAGGCUUCAAUUUCAUGCUUGGAACUGAUAUUCAACCAAAUGCCAAGGAUAUGCAAGCCAUCAUUGAAUGUGCUGGUGGCACGGUGCACCGCAAAGCUCCGCCAAUUGCCAGCAAUGUGCGUCUCUAUGCGGUGGCUAGUCAGAAGGAUAAACAUAUGUGGCAGCUGCUCAGGAACUACACUAAUCUAGAGUACAUCAAAACAGAAGGCGUUAUGCAGGCGCUAGUGCAACACAAGCCAGAAUUGUUGGAUGAGCACAAGCUCAUCAGAUUGUAAUUUAUAGUUUCUAAUUUAGAUAUUUACUAUUUGUUUUCGCAUUUACACACAAUAUAUUUUCACUUUUACACAUA